CCCUGUGGAAACCUUGAGAAGUACUGAAAUCAAGAUGGCGGCCGAUGGAAGUCAGUUGUUUUCACCUUUUCGAGCCCUUGGACUCGUCACAAAUCAUGUUCCACUCGCUGUACAGGCACAAGGGACAGAGAACCUGAUAGCUACUGCAGUUGGUUCGUCGUAUCACGUUUAUAAUUCUGCAAAACUUAACCUUCUUUUUGUUGGGCCAAUACAAGAUGAUGAAAUCACUUGUAUCACCACUUAUGGAUCCAUCAUCAUUACAGCUUGUGGGAAACAGAUCAAGUCAUGGAAAAGGGGCAAACAGGUGAACAUAUUUCAAGGCCAUACACAAGAUGUCCAUAUAUUAUAUACAUUUGGUUCUCAUUUGAUAUCCGUUGAUAAGAAGAGUAAUGUUAAAAUAUGGGUGAUUGAUACAGCAGAGUUGUACCUGGAGUUGAACUUUGAGCCAAAUACAUUUGACAUCUCAUGUCUCAUGCAUCCAAGCACUUACCUCAAUAAGAUACUACUAUGUAGCAAACAAGGAACAAUGCAGCUGUGGAAUAUUAAAACAAAUAAAAUGAUUUAUGUGUUUCAAGGAUGGCCUGAGCAAAUAACUACAGUUGAACAGGCUCCUGCUAUUGAUGUUGUUGGUAUUGGACUACAAAGUGGCAAGAUAGUUAUUCAUAACUUAAAGUAUGAUGAUACAGUAAUGACCUUUCAGCAGGACUGGGGCCCUGUAACAGCAAUGGCCUUUAGGACAGAUGGAACCCCAGUUUUAGCAACAGCAAGUACGUUGGGUCACAUUGCAUUAUGGGAUUUAGAGGGUAGUAAGUUGAGAGGGACACUAAGAGAUGCUCAUAAUGGUAGUGUGUGUGGUAUGAAAUUCCUGUCGUCACAGCCUGUCUUGGUUACGAAUGGACCUGAUAAUGCAUUAAAGGUUUGGAUAUUUGAUCAGCCUGAUGGAAGUGGUCGUUUGUUGAGGUCUCGUUCUGGACACAGUGCCCCACCCACUAAAAUUCGUUUCUAUGGUUGCAAAGGAGGAGAUAUACUUAGCGCAGGUCUUGAUAGAACUUUACGUCAAAUUUCUACUGUUAGGGAUGCCAGAAGUUGUGAGUUUUCUCAAGGUUCUCUAGCAAAGAAGUCCAAAAAUAAAGGUGUCAAAGUGGAAAAACUAAAGUUAACUCCCAUUAUUGAUUUUGCUGCAGAACCAGCCAGACAAAGUGACUGGGACAACAUCCUAACAUGUCACCAAGGCAACAUGAAAGCAAGGACCUGGAGAUACCUUAACAAAUGUCUUGGAAAGCAUGUCAUUCAUACACCUGGUAACCAUGGUGGCAAAAAUAUAACAACCACUGCAGUAACCAUCAGCUCCUGUGGAAACUUUGCCAUCAUUGGUGACUCUGUAGGUCACGUGAAUGCUUUUAACAUCCAAUCAGCCAAUCUCAGAGGAUCGUUUGGCUCACCUCAAGCACACAAGGGUUGUAUACGAGGAGUAGCGAUAGAUGGGAUCAACCAACAACUUCUAACAGCAUCUGCUGAUUGUAAGCUAAAGUUUUGGCAUUUUCAAAAACGAGCACUCCUUCAUUCCAUGUCCUUUGAAUCUCCAAUCACACAACUCGAACUUCAUCGUGAAAGCUCUCUUCUAGCGGUGACCUGUGAUGAUUUUGCAGUCCACGUUGUGGAUAUCGAGACAAGACGAAUCGUACGAACCUUCGCAGGACACACAAACAGAAUAACUGAUGUAUGUUUCAGUCCCGAUGCUCGAUGGUUAGUAACAGCAUCCAUGGAUUCCAGCAUCAGAACAUGGGAUCUCCCCGCUGCAAGGCUACUGGAUUGCUUCCUUGUCACAAGUCCUAUUACAAGCCUGACUAUAUCCCCCACGGGAGAAUAUCUUGCCACGACACAUGUCGACGACUUGGGGAUUUGCUUGUGGUCCAAUAAGACACUGUAUGGACAUGUGUCUCUGGUACCCCUCCCUUCUGAUUACCAGCCAUGUGUAGUAGAGUUGCCGUCGACAAGUGCUGAUCAACAUGAUGGGCACGAAGAUGAUGAAGUGACAGAUACCACAGACAAAGAUGAAGAGCAAGAGACGAAGGAAGAUCAGAAGUUUAAGUCACCUGACCAGCUGUCGAGUGAACUCAUUACUCUGUCUCUUCUUCCUCAAUCACGAUGGAAAAACCUAACAAGCCUGGAGAUUAUAAAGGAAAGAAAUAAACCAAAGCAACCACCCAAGCAACCAAAAGCCGCGCCCUUUUUCCUGACCACCGAGCCAGGACUGGUACCAAAAUUCGUCGCAACCGACGGAGACGAUGACAGCUCAGUGACGUCAUCGAAACUGAUUCAGUUGGACAGACUACAGCCACAGUCUGAAUUCCAAAGACUUUUAGCAGAUGCUUCCACUUCUAGAAACUAUGAGCCCCUCAUGGAAAAGCUCAAGAACAUGGGACCUUCUGGGAUCGAUGUGGAACUAAGGCUGUUGAGUCCUGAUGCUGGUGGCGAUCUUAUUUUAAUGAAACAGUUUAUGGAAUUUCUAAUCGCUCAAAUUGAUACGAAAAAAGACUUCGAACUCGCUGAGGCGUACAUGGCCUUGUUUUUAAAGCUUCACGGAAGUGUAAUAGUUCAACAUAAAGAUCUACUGGACACGGCUCGCUUACUACAGUCACAACAUAACCACACAUGGACACAGCUGCAGGAUCUUAUCAACCAGGGUCUUUGCUUGGUCGGAUACUUCAAAAGCGCCGUUAUAUAAUAAAUUUAUUGAUCGGUUUCUUUGGUGGCAAGAGUGUUCACUUUCCUUCCUGCCAGCUCGGAAGGUUUUUUGAAAGAGCAACGUAAGAAUUACCCUUAUCUUCUCUGCUGAGGAAAACAUGACAAGAGAUGUCGCAAUCUAACUAAGAUGCAGGUAAUGUUGUUACAUAAGAAUGAUCGAGCACUUGGAGGCAUCAAAACAUUGUUUAGAGUCUAAUUUUAGUGUAUCAUCAUCUACCAGGUUCCAAGCAACGGUGCCCAGAGCAAAAAAUAGUAAAAAAAAAAAAAAACAAACAAACAAAAAAACAAAAAAGAAAGAAAAGAAAAGAAAUAAAACUAAAAAUAAUGACAUCAGUCAGUGUUUUUGAAUGGCUUUUAUUUCUCUGCAGCAAACUAUUUGCAUUCAAAAUAGUACAUAGCUUCUCUGAUAAAAAGUUAAAGGCCUAGUUCAGACUGCGAGCUGAUCGGUAGGGUGGGUGUUGACUUGUAGAAUAUCAUUUCCAAGUCAUCUACAGCUUGAGCUAUAAGGAUGCUUUUGGAGUAAAAAUAAUACUAUUCUCGAGAAUACAAUUCUUUCUAAGCACUAACGCGAACAAUUUUGAAAGGUCCAGGCCAAGAUUUUGGAAUGGGUGUGGUGCCUGAGUAUAAGGUUAUAUUAGGACCUUGUACUUAUGCCUCCAAAUCAUUUGCCAUUGCGACGUUGAGUAAAAGAAUGGGUCGAGUUGGGUUUACAUUGCUUUUUGGGGCUGUUAUAGGGAACGAAAUAGACGCCGUCAUGGAAACAAUCGCCAUGAUAAUGCCAACUCGACACAGCCUUUUGCACACUAAGUGUAAACAUCCGAUCAGAAAAGCCUAGUUUUCACCCACAAAUCCCUACGCAUGCGCAAGAGAAAAGAUAAUGUCCGAUCCUACGGUUUUUGCAUUUGCAGCGAGCUUGCUUUGACAAGUUCAAACUGACUAGGCUUCAAUAAAAGAACUGCUAAGCACAUCAUUGCGUCUUCACGGAAAAAUGUACUCUUUUUUAGCGCCUUGCUAGAAUUGCAAAGGUUAUAGAUAUUUCAAACAAAUAGCAAAUAAUCAAUAGAUCCUUUGUACUAAAUCUCUACUUGGUGGUCAAAACAAUCAAAAACAUUAAAACAAAAAUUCAAUAGGACGUUUGCAUGAUGGCGUCACUGACCUCUACUACCAGACUCCCUUGCACACUUUCUUUUAUUCAGUUAAUUAGCACCAAUUGUCUUACUAUUCUCAUAGGGAAAUACAAAUUUGAAUAUGAAAGAAAAUUCGCGAAGCAUUAUGGUAGUGGGAGUCAAAUGACGCCAUCAUGCAAACGUCCUAUUUUCAAGAAAAGGGAGUACUUUUGUUUUAACCCCCAGAGUGGGAAUUAGUGCAAGGGGUCUGUGGUAACGUUAAGAUGACUUUAUAAGUCAAGACUAACUGAUACUCUUUAGAAAAUUAAAGAAUGCGUAGAAAAA